GGCAUUCGCGCACUUGAAUUUCCAGUAGCCUGGCCCCUUACGACCAUCUCACAAUCGGUUCUGCGCAGAUGACCGAAUGGAUGCUACGCGACGUGUCCCUGUGGAUCAGGGCCAACUACGGCCCGAAGCUGGGUAUCUUCUUCACAGAGAACGGCAUGGGCCUGUACAACAGCCCGAUGGACGACUGGGACACGCGAGCUGUGUACCACAGCGCCUACCUGCGCGAGCUGAUGCGGACCGUCAACGAGGACGGCGUCAACGUGCUGGGCUACACCAUGUGGUCCUUCCUCGACGACUUUGAGUGGAGCGGGGGCUACACACGCGGGUUCGGCUUGGUGCACGUCGACUACGAGGGCGGCACGCUCGCCCGGACCCUCAAGAGGUCGCACUUCUUCUUCAAGCGCAUGAUGGAGGACCGCGCCGUACCCCUGGUGCUCGUGCCCUCGACGCCCUCGACGCCCACAGAACCCGCAACGCCUGCGUCACCCAGCGUCGCCGGCACCCUCGCACCUUCCGUGUGCGUCGUCCUCUACUCCGCUCUCUCGCUGCUCCACACACUCUGAUAUUAUACACAAACUGAACAACAAUCUGUGAUAUUAUGAAUUAAACCUUUCUCUCGGAUGUUUCCUCGUA